AUGUCUCUCUCAACAACAACAACUACAACAACAACGACUACGAAUGAUAUGAUGUCGAAUAAACGUAGUCUUGAGUAUCAGUCGUCGGAGGACUACGAACAAUCGAAAUCAAAGAAGCAGAAAAACUACACACCAACACCAUCAAAAGUGGUACAUCUCCGAAAUCUUCCGAUCGACUGUACGGAGCAUGAGAUCAUGGCACUGGCCAGUCCGUUUGGUCAGGUCGAACACAUUCUAAUACUCAAAGGAAAGAGUCAGGGUUUCAUCCAGAUGGCCGACCUCACUUCGGCCACCGCCUUUAUUCAAUUCUACACGACCAUCCAAGGUUCUAUCCGAUCAAAGAAUUUCUUUGUACAAUACUCCAACCGUGAGGAGAUCACCUCAUACUCUUCAGUUGAAACACCAAACAAUAUAUUAUUAGUUACGAUUUCCAAUAUAAUAUAUCCAGUGACAAUCGAUGUCCUCUAUCAACUGUUCUCGAAAUACGGAAGUGUUUUAAAGAUUCUCAUUUUCUCAAAGUCUGGCAACUUCCAGAGUUUAAUCCAAUUACAUACUACCGAUUCUGCUAUCAAUGCAAAAAGAGAGUUGGAUGGUCAAAAUAUUUAUAAUGGAUGUUGUACAUUAAAGAUUCAAUAUUCUUCACUUAAUAAUUUAAGAAUUAAAUAUAAUAACGAUAAGAGUAGAGACUUUACCAAUCCGACAUUGUUACCAGGUACCACUUCACUACUUUCCAAUCCGAUUGGAUUUGGUAUAUCGCCAGCACCAACAGCAGUCAUUCAACAUCAACAUCAACACCAGCAUCAACAAGCAUUGGCCAUUCCACAGAUGGUUCCACAUGUGGGUGCAUUCAUUCCACAGGUCACAGGUAACACUGUACUGAUUGUAGGUGGAUUGCCAACCAAGGAUGUAACUCCAGACGACCUCUUCACUCUCUUUGGCGUCUAUGGUGAUCCAUUACGUGUGAAGAUUAUGUUUAACAAAAAGGAUACUGCAUUAAUUCAAAUGAAUUUGCCACAACAAGCAGAUUUAGCUAUACAAUAUUUAAAUAAUGUACCAUUUAGGGGACAUACAAUAAGAGUAAACCCAUCUAAACAUAAUUCCAUUUCUUUACCAAAAUCUGGAGACACUCAUGGUGAACUCACAAAAGAUUACACCGGAUCCACAACCCAUAGAUUCAAAUUGCCAGGUUCAAAGAAUUAUCAGAAUAUACAUCCACCCUCUCCUACACUGCAUCUUUCCAAUCUACCACAGGAUCCAAACAUUGAGGAGCUUUAUCAUUUGCAAAGACCACCACAAUCAAACCCAAUAAGCAACAGUCCUCAUCUACAACUACAACAACAACACAACAACCUUAAUCAAGAAGGUAAAACUGAUGGUGAACCAUUUGUAUCAAUCUAUGUCAAAUAG